UAUUGUACUUCCGUUUUCACCAUCCGUCAUCCGGCAAGACAGGGAUUACUUCCUAGUUAGAUAGAACUUUGGUGAUUUAGCCUUUGAUUUGGUGCUAUGGCAAACCGAUUGCCUGCCGUUGUCAUUGAUAAUGGCACUGGGUAUUCAAAGAUGGGCUAUGCAGGGAACACAGAACCGCAGUUCAUUAUUCCCUCAGCCAUAGCCAUCAAAGAGUCAGCGAGUGUUGGAGACCAGUCAAAGAAACGACUUGGGAAAGGAGUGGAAGAUCUCGAUUUCUACAUUGGAGAUGAAGCCAUUAAUCAGCCACCAUAUGCCACCAAGUGGCCAAUUCGCCAUGGUAUAAUCGAAGACUGGGACUUGAUGGAACGAUUUUAUGAGCAGGCAAUUUUCAAAUAUCUCAGGGCAGAACCAGAGGAUCAUUACUUUUUGCUGACAGAACCACCUCUGAACACUCCAGAAAACAGAGAGUACACUGCUGAGAUCAUGUUUGAGUCUUUCAAUGUCCCAGGCUUGUAUAUUGCUGUGCAGGCUGUCCUUGCUCUGGCUGCUUCUUGGACCUCCCGGCAAGUGGGAGAGAGAACUUUGACGGGCACUGUCAUUGACUCAGGGGACGGCGUGACUCACGUUAUCCCAGUGGCUGAGGGCUACGUCAUCGGUAGCUGCAUCAAGCACAUCCCUAUUGCUGGCCGUGAUAUCACCUACUUCAUCCAGCAGCUUCUGAGAGAGAGAGAGGUGGGCAUCCCCCCUGAGCAGUCACUGGAGACUGCCAAGGCAAUUAAGGAGCGUUACAGUUACGUGUGCCCUGACAUUGCCAAAGAGUUUGCCAAGUAUGAUUCUGACCCUGCCAAAUGGAUGAAGAAAUUCGAAGGCAUUAAUGCCGUGAGCAAGAGCAAGUUCAGUGUUGAUGUUGGUUACGAGAGAUUCUUGGGACCUGAAAUCUUCUUCCAUCCUGAGUUUUCUAAUCCUGACUUUGAGGCACCGAUCUCUGAAGUUGUUGAUGAUGUCAUUCAGAACUGCCCCAUUGAUGUGAGGAGAGGACUGUAUAAGAACAUUGUUCUGUCUGGUGGUUCGACCAUGUUCCGAGACUUUGGACGAAAGAUUCAAAGGGAUGUGAAGCGUGUAGUUGAUGCAAGACUCAAAGUCAGUGAGGAUCUCAGUGCAGGUCGCAUCAAGCCGAAGCCCAUUGAUGUCUCUGUGAUCACCCACCACAUGCAGAGAUAUGCUGUCUGGUUUGGUGGCUCCAUGUUGGCUUCCACACCUGAAUUCUACCAAGUAUGUCACACCAAAGCGGACUAUGACGAGUAUGGCCCCAGCAUAUGUCGCCACAACCCUGUAUUUGGCAUUAUGGCAUAGGUGCUACAGCAGAGCAUAUGGCGUGGAAUGAAGGUGUACAUUUGACAGUUGCAACCUCAGAUGCAUUAGAAUUUUGUUGGAGCAUAUGUUUGCUCUGAAAUAUAUAUAGACUUAUCACUUGCAGAUGUCAAACAACCAUAUUUUUUUUAGUUUCCUUAUGUUGAUAUUUAUUUUAAAAAGUUUAAGAUAUUUAAGGAAUGAAUUGGGUCAUGAACAGUCAAAUAUGUGUUCUUCGAUUUAUGAACUUGAUUAAAGAUACCUUUUGGGACUCUCAGUAUAAAUUCAUGUCAAUAAGAUUUUUAGCAGUAUGCUUACUUGCACUCUGUUUACAUAUAUGAACGUUGCAUUCCACAACAAUUGAGAAAUUUGUCUGAUUUUUCUUUCUAGCCGUUAGGUUUCUGUCAGUUUCAACAGAAACUGCCAUAAGGAAGCUAUGUUUUCUCCUUUUACAUUAAUGUUUUUCUUGUUUUAUGCAAACUAAGUUUGUCCACCUUGACAAAAUAAAUGCUUGGCUAGGAUUUACUUGCACAGUACAGAAGGGUCUAAUUCAAUGUGAAUGGAAGAUGAAUAUAAGCUAGACAGUCAUUUUGUUUCAAUGCAAUUUCUCAUAUUUGUCAUUUAGGGUUGUAUAAUCUCCUACUCAGGAGUUGGGUUUUUUUUUCUUAUUUGUUUAAGAUCAUGUCUAAGUGCCUAUUGUUGAACAGUAGUUGUAGACAUGUGGCUAAACCAAAAGCGAAUAAAUGCUUGAUUGUAUGUCAUUUUUCAUUUUCUUGUUCUUGUUUAUUUUCACAUCGAAAAAAAAAAAAAUUCCAUGUAUUAUGUCCGCCCGACUUGGCAGGUUUACCGAGUUUUGUUCCAUGUUUGACUGAAUUUCAAAUGGUUUUUGUCUGUUAUGCUGUUGGCUGUCUUUGUGCUUGUAGCUUUAUUUUAUAAGGAUUGUGCUUUGAUAUGCCUUGUAUGUCUCUAUGUAAUCUGUUCUCUUUUCUUUUCAAUGUACUCACAGAGUAAAGACCAAAUUUGUGACUGGUUCGAUUUGGGGAAAUGAAAAUAAAGAUGUAGUUUGAAAACUGUUUACGGUGACAUCGGCCAUGAGUUAUCGUUGCAUUGUUUUUUCCCUGGUAAUGUGACUUUGGUGACAAGGUUAUUCUCAAAAUUAUCUCGGCACUGGUUGUAAUUUUUAGUCAAAGUGCAGUGUUUCUUCUCCAGAUGGCUAGGAGCAUUAGUCAGAAAGUGUAAAACAAUUUAAUAUAUUCCAUGACUGAAAGGACACCCCUGUAGUGCGUGGUCCCCAGGGGAGAAACAAACUGCCUUUUUCUUUAUAUAAUAUUGAGAAAAUGUACAGUUUUAUUCUGUGUUUACAGUACAUUUAGUUUAAAAUUUAGGGGCAGUAAAUUCAACCAAACUUUGUUCCAACAUAGUAUAGUCUUUAAAUACAAUGUGACCAGCCCACUGAGUAAAUAAGACUCUCCAUUUGCAGUGAGCCAACUUUAUUGUUUUCCUUAAAGUUAUAUUGUUGUACCUUCUUUUCGUGAGACAAGGAAUGUAAGUCCUCUGCCUACCAUGUAUCUUUGCCCUCGAACUUCAUGUUAACUUAUUAACCCUUCACCUUGUCUUUGAAAUAAGACAUGGGGUAUAUGCGCACUGCGAUCUGUCAAAUUCUGUUCUCUGCUCUCAAGGUAAAUAUGUGUGCUAGUGUGCAUUGUCCUGUUGUUUGAAUGUGUGUGAGUGUCAAUUUUUGCGUUAUGUUGCCUAUAGUUUUUUCAUUAUAUUAAUACAUUGCAUACUUGCAUGUUCAACUUUAUUAAGUUCCAGACAAUGGUAAAGUGUAGACUUCUACACUUUAUCUUGCACUUCUAUGUCAAGAUAUUGUAACAGUAGGACAGUAACUUUUGUUUUUACAAGUUAUCUGUCUUAGUGUUCAUUUAACUUGCAUAGAUGGGCCAAUACAUGGUGACACUGAUUACCUUGUUUCUUCCGUAUUGAGCCGUGUAAUCAAAGGUACAGAUUCAAGCCUCAGGGUCACCUUCUUCCAACAUACCCAGCCACAGUAGUGGGUGUCUUUUUAAGAGAGGGGAGGUAGUUUAGUUGCUUUCUGGUUCAGUCUGUGCCUACUCUUCUAGUUUUACUGUGGUCUUGAUCUGUUUCCAGGCAUAAAUAAGAACAUACUCAAGAGUAUUAUUGAUUAUUCUGUGAAUUCUCUUAAAAAAACUAAUUCACAGAUAUUCUUUUGAACAAACUUUGUUCCAAUCUCCUUGUGAGUUUAAACGAGUAAGAAUAGGAGGAUUCCUUUUGUGAUAUUGAGAUUGUUUUAGUUUUAUUUGGAGCUUUUUUUGUACCCUCAGGGGAAUAGCGUUCUUGCAGUUAAAGUUGGUAAGGUUAGGGAUUUUUGUCGAUAAACAUUGGUCCUGUGUGUGGGAGGGCAGAGAAAUCAGCUGACCUUCUGCUGAACCACGUUAUGUUAUAAAUAUAAGGUAUCAAAUAAAGGGUGUAUGUGCAUGCGCAGUACGUAUCUGUUAUGCUGAGUACCAUUUGUACAUCUGUGUAAUGCGUCUGGCAUAUCGUUAAUUUAUCACAUACUACACACACAUUUGUACAUCUUUCUUUCAAAUAAAGAUCCAACUAAAAAAUGGAACGAAAAAACA